UCGUGGAUUCAAUAUCAUCAAUGGCAUCCGCAGUGUGGCAGAAACUUGGACCCCGUGGCCUGGCUGUCAUGGCAGCUGCGGCCACUGGAGUGGGAAUCGGAAUGACCUAUUUCUCAUCACCCCAACGGGACACCCAAGCUGCUGUCAACUGCACCUUGUGCGAGGAUGGCACGUACACCCCAAUCUUUGGCCAGAAGUCCAACUUUCCGCCCUCAGCUAACUUCCCAGACCUCUCGAAGCACAAUAACGUGAUGGCAUCCCAUCUGACACCAGGCAUCUACAGCCGUCUAAGUCCCUUAUCCACACCCAAUGGCUUCACCCUUGAUCAGUGUAUUCAAACAGGAGUAGAUAACCCUGGUCAUCCUUUCAUCAAGACCGUUGGUAUGGUAGCAGGAGACGAGGAAUCAUACGAGGUGUUCAAAGAACUGAUGGACCCCGUCAUCGACGAACGACACAAUGGAUACGGUCCAGACGAUAUACAUUCAACAGAUCUGGAUUCUUCCAAGAUUCGUGGUGGGGUAUUGGACUCAAAGUAUGUCCUUUCUUCUCGUGUGAGGACAGGCCGCAGUAUCCGAGGACUCAGCCUUCCCCCAGCAUGCAACAGGGCUGAGAGACGUAUGGUUGAGCAGGUUGUCGCGGAUGCUCUUGGCGGUCUGAAAGGCGAGUUGGCUGGUCAUUAUUACUCAUUGGUUACCAUGUCAGAAGAAGACCAACAACUGCUCAUUGAUGAUCAUUUCCUCUUCGACAAACCAGUCUCUCCUCUUCUAACAUGUGCAGGAAUGGCAAGAGAUUGGCCCGACGCACGAGGCAUAUGGCACAACAACAAUAAGAACUUCCUGGUAUGGAUCAACGAAGAGGAUCAUACUCGAGUUAUUUCGAUGGAAAAGGGCGGUAACAUGAAACGGGUCUUCGAUAGAUUCUGCUCUGGUCUUAAUCAGGUUGAGGAGUUGAUCAAAUCUAAAGGAUGGGAGUUCAUGUGGAAUGAGCAUCUUGGAUACAUCCUGAGCUGUCCUUCUAAUCUUGGUACUGGACUUCGAGCUGGAGUACAUCUCAAAAUUCCCCAUCUUUCGAAGGAUGUCAAACGACUAGAUGAUAUCCUUGAUAAACUUCGUCUUCAAAAGCGUGGAACUGGAGGUGUUGAUACGGCAACUGUUGGUGAUACCUUUGACAUCUCAAACAAUGAUCGACUUGGGCAAUCAGAGGUCCAGUUAGUUCAGCGCGUAAUAGAUGGUGUCGAUCUUCUUAUCAAGAUGGAAAAACUCUUGGAGAAAAACCGCUCCAUCGAGCAUUUGAUGCCUAAAUAAACAUCACCUAGUUCAUCCGAUCAAUAUACAUCGUAUUAAAGCCAGAAUCAGGAACAUUGAUUAACAAUACUUUACAAAAUUCUGACAAAACAAGAAUAAUGUAGAUGUAAAAGAUAAACCGCUUUUUAAAUAGUAAUUAUUGAUACCUCGUGUGACUAUAAUAUUGACUACCCUGUGAAAUAUACACUUAGAAUUGUUUGUUUAUGAUGGAUUAGUAUACUCAAAUUGAAGAAAAUAAAUUAGGAAAUAUUGUUGAACAUUCGAGAUAUAGGGAUUUAAAACUUUUCAAAGAAAACAAUUAGAAUGACAUUCACGACAGAAAAUAAAAAUCGAUCUCACAAGACCAAGGAAUGGACCAGAAUGAAGAUAUAAUUUGAUUUAUGAGGUCUGUUAUAUUAUAAAGUAUGAAGGUCUUACAGGCAUAUUAUAUCAUGAUGAAAGUUUUCAAGAAUAUAGCACAGAUUAUUUUUAUUUAGAUGAUAUUUGAAUGAAUAUUUAUAUACACAAUAUUAUAUUUAUCUUGAAAGAAUUAUACCGAAGUGAAAAUGUACCUGUGUCAUUGUAUAAAGAAUAAUGUUUGCAAAAUUAGCAGUUUGAAUUUAAUUUGAACCAAUGCGCUGAAAUAAAAACAGUCACAUUAGUAAAUUC